AUGGACAACAGCUUCCUUCCAUACCACGAACCUGGAACUGUCGAUAUCCUCAUCGUCAUUUCCUUCUUCUUUUUCCUUUCUCUUGCAAAAUGGGUCUCUGCGAAGAUAAUCCAGGCCGGAAUUAUAGGUCAAAUCGCCGUCGGAAUCGUCUACGGUGUACCAUUGGCCAAUAUCCUUAAACAUCACUGGCAAGAGACUUUUGUCACUCUAGGAUAUGUCGGUCUGAUUUUAAUCAUUUUCGAAGGCGGUCUUGGCACUCGUUUGGACUUGCUUAAGCAGAACUUCACUUUGAGUAUGGUUGGCGCUGCAACUGGCGUCUUGUUUCCUAUUGGUCUUUCAUACCUAUUGCUCUAUUUUGGCUUUGGAUAUGGCGCGGUUGAGACUUUCAUCAUCGGGGCAUCUCUUUCCGCUACUUCACUAGGGACUACAUUUGCUGUGAUCAGCUCUGCGUCUGAAUCGGUCAAUCUCGCCGAGACUCGAGUAGGAUCAGUUUUAGUGAGCGCUGCUGUCAUCGACGAUGUUGUAGGGCUUGUUAUGUUGAGUGUGAUUAGCGACUUGGGCAAACUUUCAGAAGAGGGCAAUAAUGUCAAUCUGGGCUGGCUUAUUGGGCGUCCCAUAGUGGCAUCAAUAGGCAUGGCCAUCGUAACGCCCGUCGUCACCAAAUGGGUAUUUGCACCUUUUUUCCGAAGGUUCAUUGAAUACCGUUUUGCGCGCUUCGAUCAUAUCUCCAACAUUAUUCUUAUGACCCUGGUUCUUUCGGCGUUUAUUUCCAUCGCUGGCUUUACUGGUACAUCUGUUUUGUUUGGUGCCUUUCUGGGGGGCGUAUUUCUCACAUAUAUACCGAGCAAGCACCCCGAAGGACCAUUUGUUGUCAUGAGCCGGGAGGAAGGCGAGCGUGAGGCGGAUAAAAGUCCCACUUUUGUUCAUACCUUCGACAAAUAUCUGUUGGGACCUCAGCAGUAUUUGAUGGAACCAUUGUUCUUCGCAAGUAUCGGAUUUGCAAUUCCGUUCUUGAAGCUGUGGACGGGGAAACGAAUUUGGAGAGGGGUGGUUUACACCCUCCUAAUGGCAUUUGCAAAGUGCAUUGUCGGAAUGUGGAUCCCCAUAUGGCAACUCGUUCUAGGUGGUAAAUCCCAUAAGAAAGAGUCACCUGCACAGCAGAAAAUGAAGGGACAGUCAAAACGUGAAGAUAAUAAUAUGAGGCACAAAAAACAAAGCGAGCAAAGGGAGGGUCACACGUGGAACCGGGCCUGGCUCGCCGCAACACUUUUAGGAUCUGCCAUGGUAGCACGCGGUGAGAUUGGGCUUUUGAUAAUCGAAAUCGGACGCAACGAAACUCCGUACGUUAGUGAUGAAGGAUUCAUUACUGGCGUCUGGGCCAUUCUCUUGAAUACCAUCAUUGGCCCAGUUACCGUCGGUCUCCUAGUUCGAUUCAAAGCGCAAGAGAUCGAAGGCGGGGAAUGGGGAGUGCAGGAUAGUUCUAUGCCUGUCUCGAGGCAAGUGAUUGGACACCAAGCGGUAUAG